GUCCGUCGCCGACGUAUCCGGACAAAGUCAGGGAGCUCCUCCAGCCAGUAGCUGAGAGGAAAACCCAGCCAAGAAAUCCUGAGGAGUUCCAGAUGAGAGCUCGGACAGCCAAGAGAACACACACACACACACAGAAAUAAAAACAAAAAGAGGGGGAGAGCGGACGGAUGGAGGGAGGUGGCAAUGAACAAAAAAAAAAAAAAUGCAAGAAAUGAAGGAAUUCUGCUCGGUAUAAAACUCCCCAGUCGGAGCGUUUUCAUCCAGCGUUGGGAAGCGGCUCUCCUGAGAGGACCGUGUGUGUCGAUCUGUGUGUGUGUGUGGGUGGGUGUGUGGGGGGGGGGGUCAACAUGACUCACUGGUGGGUUCUGCUCGCCAUUGCUCACCUGUCCGUGUACCUGACAGCCAGUCAGCACCACAGCAAAGCGCUGUACCCGUCCGUGUAUCGGGUAAAGCGCGGGGCGUAUUGGCUGAUCAACCCCACGUUCCAGUCAUCCGAGGAGGACGUCAACCUACUUUUCGAGAUGCUGCUCGGCGGAAUGCAGAUCCAAGACGGGCAGCGCGACUUGCUGAUCGCCGACGCGGAGCUGGCCUCCCUGAGGAGCGUGGACAAGCUGGAGGUCAUCUGCGAGGACGUCCUGCCCAAGAGCCUCCCGGACAUCCGGCGCCUGACGGCGGAGCUCGCCCGGCGCCGGCGACCCUUGAGCUGGCAGGACUUCGAGAGGACGGUGCUGACCCUGGUCUACGCCGCUCAGACCCUGGCUCGGGGCGGCGGCCAACAGCGGAGGGAGGCGUGGACGGACGCCGUCACGCAGCUGUUCGGGGCCCUUCAGAAGGACCUCGGAACCUCCUGAGGAGGAUUGGGUUUUAUACAAAAACACAGUGCUCAAUUGUACGCUUUAUUCAGCUUAACAUUUUAUUAUAUAUCGAUAUAUAAAACAUCAUCAUUUUUGUUACAAUGAGAAUAUCCGGCGUCGUUGAGACAAAUAUGAAAAAUGUGUUUGUUCUUUAAGAAACGUAAUCAGAUUCGGUUCGUCUACCUACUUCCAGAACUUUAUUUAGUAGAGAUGAAGACAGGAAACCGCGGAGCGGGACAAGGACGCCUUGAGACAAAGGCGCCUGGGAGGCUCCGAUUUAAUCGCUUUGUCAAUUGUUUUACUGCUCAUUUGUGUUCAGUCCUCUACUGUUUGGAAGUGUAAUGAAUUGUGUUUAAUCCACCCUACGUUAUGUGGAAAUGAAAUAAAAGCUUUGUGUGUGUGAGCAAGCAGAA